AUGUACAACAACAACAACUACAACAACAACGUACAACAGCAACAACAACGUACAACAACAACGACAAUGACAACGACAACGACAACGACAGCAACAACGACCACGACAACGACAACGACAACAACAACAACAACAACAACGUACAACAGCAACAACAACGUACAACAACAACAACGUACAACAACAGCAACAACAACGUACAACAGCAACGACAAUGACAGCGACGGCGACAACGACCACGACAAUGACAACGACAAUGAUAACGACAACAACAACAACAACAACAACAACAAUGAACAACAACAACAACAACAACAACAACAACAACAACAACAACAACAACAACAACAACAACAACGUACAACAGAACGUACAACAACAACAACAACAACGUACAACAGCAACAACAACAACAACGUACAACAGCAACAACAACGUACAACAACAAAAAAGAACGACAAUGACAACGACAACGACAACGACAAUGAUAGCGACAACGACAACAACAACGACAACGACAGCGACAUCGACAACGACCACGACAACAACAACAACGUACAACAGCAACAACAACGUACAACAACAACAACAACAACGUACAACAACAACAACAACAACAACGUACAACAGCAACAACAACGUACAACGACAGCGACAACGACAACGACAACGACAACGACAACAACAACAACAACGUACAACGACAACAACAACAACAACGUACAACAGCAACAACAACAACGUACAACAGCAACAAUAACGUACAACAGCAACAAUAACGUACAACGACAACGACAACGACAACAUCAACAACAACGUACAACAGCAACAACAACAACAACGUACAACAGCAACAACAACAAGGUACAACAGCAACAACAACGUACAACGACAGCAACAACGACAACGACAACGACAACGACAACGACAACGACAACGACAACGACAACGACAACAACAACAACAACAACAACAACAACAACAACAACGUACAACAACGUACAACAGCAACAACAACGUACAACAACAAAAAAGAACGACAAUGACAACGACAACGACAACGACAAUGAUAGCGACAGCGACAACGACAACAACAACGACAGCGACAUCGACAACGACCACGACAACAACAACAACAACAGCAACAACAACGUACAACAACAACAACAACAACAACAACAACGUACAACAGCAACAACAACGUACAACGACAGCGACCACGACAACGACAACGUACAACGUACAACGUACAACGUACAACGUACAACGUACAACCUACAACGUACAACGUACAAUGUGCAACGUGCAACGUGCAAC